GAUGGUUUUUUUGAGAUAUAUUUUCCCCCGAUUCCGCCCGAUGGUUUAUUGUUCGCUGCAAUCACUGACAUUCCACCGCAACUCGACUGAUUGUUUACAUUCUUUGGAAAUUUUGUAGGCUGUUCUUCCAGGCAUUAUCAAAUACGGUGCGCACACGUGGUCAAAGUGAAGUUUGGUCAUCCAAAAGCGGAGGUGGAGGUGCAGGGGGAGGAGGAGGAGGAGGAGGAGGAGGAGGCAGAAGGGAGAGAGGGGGAGGGAAGGGGAGUCGAGCUGGUAUAGGGAAAGGGAUGACCAAACCAAGCCACAGGGAACAGAAUUUUUUUCAGGUAACAAACACUGGCGGCUGGAUGGUCCAGGCAGGUGUUGAUAGUGAGGGGAUUCACGGGGCCAUUGAAAGAAACAUGAUUAUCUCAUCCUUUGCUUCACCUGAGACCCUAGAAAGUGUGGCUCAGAUGGUUUCUCAGGAACUUCUAGAUGAUGCCAUUCUUAAUGUUGUGUUUGAAGUGCAUCAAAGUGUGAAAACAGGAUUGAUGAUGCUGGAAUUGGGAUCUAUAGAGGAAGAACAAAAAUUUUUGCAGGUAAAUGCUGAAGGUCUAGAUGUUUUUGGACAAGCUCCCAUAAAGAAACAACAUGAGUGUGUGUGUCCUAACUGCUCACGGAACUUGGCUGCAUCAAGGUUUGCUCCCCACCUUGAAAAGUGUAUGGGAAUGGGACGUAAUUCAUCACGUAUAGCAAGUCGGCGCAUCCAAAAUUCUACCAAGGAGAACAUCAACAACAAUGGCGGAGGAAGUGAUGACGAUGAUGACGACGACUGGAUGGUUGACCGAAAACGAAAGAAGCGGGACAAAAAUUCACCAAGGAGAACAAAAAAUGCAAAAAUCAAAUCAGAGAGUGUGUCAUCUAGCAGUAGUACUACAAGCAGUAGCAGUGUUGAAACCACCUUUUCAACUGGUACAACUGAAGAGAAAAGGGCCAUGUUAAAACAGAUUUGUGGAGUGGUAUCUGAACACACCCGCAAGAUGUGCACACGAUCAGUUCGUUGUCCUCAACACACCACUGAACAGAGACGUGCAGUUAGAGAUCAGGUCCUCAAUGGAUCCAACUCAGAAACAACAACUCGUGCAGCAGAUUCAACUAGUCGUGGUUUGGGGGAUGUUGAAGAUAUUCACGUAGACAUCGAUGGCCUGGAUGAAGGGCAAUUGGCAUCUUCUUGGGAGAACGAUCACUCGGAUACCACUUCCCCCGCUGACUCUACCUCGACUAACAACUCCACUUCAUCCUUAGCAAAACGUAGUGGGAAGAAUAAGAAGAAGUCCUCUAAAUCUUCCAAGAGCUCAAAUAGCAGUCAUGGUUCAUUAUUAGACUGAUUUAGGAGUAGGUUCUUGGUUGUUUAUUUCUUUGCAUUCAAUAGUCAAGAUCCUGUUAGGCAAUUGAAUUGUGUAUGAGUUUUUGAAAUAUGAUUACUUGCAAAUCUGUACAUGAGUUAUUUUAGGCUUAUUUACUUACUACUAUGUGAUUGCAUUUAUUCAAUAUUUUAAGGUCGUUUGUCACAAUGUCGUAAAAGAAAAGUAUCUCCUGGACUGAUUGCUGAUUUGAGUUUCAUAAUGUGCCGAGAUGAAUUUGUGGUUUUUGCAGCACUCAAAUCAUUUUAGGAUCCUUUCAAGAAGUGUCCAAAAAGUAUUUAAAAGUUUGAGAGGUAAAAUCAUCAUAAUGCCAAUUCUAAUAUCUAAAUAUCUUUGAUAUUCAUGUACCAGAAUAUUGAUGAUAUUGUUUAUCACUUAUAUGCUUCCUCCUUGUAGGAAUGUAUUACAAGGUCAAGUGCAAGAAUUUCUGAGUAUUGUAUUAAAAUUUCAUAUUGGAAAGUAUCUCGGUCUGGAAUUUUUUUUAAUGUAGUUCAGGUAUGAUUUUCUCUAAGCUCUUGUGAAGACAGAGCAGUUAGGUUUGAUGCUUUAAGUGAUUCACUGAAACUAAAGUUUAAAUUAAGACUGAGUAAAGGUAAACCUUGCAGUUCUGGUUAUUUUUCCACCACUAUCAUUCUUCAUAGAACUUUAUACCUGUAUGAGUUAAGUUUUGUGCUUAUUUACUUGGUCAGAACUAUUGCUGUUAUUUAAGUUAAGAGGCUUAUUCUUGAUGCAAUAUAUAUUUGGCCCAGACUCUAGUAAGAGAAGUUUGUAUGCUUAAUUACUAGGCAAAGUUUUUAUAGACUUUGUGCUUAGACAAAUUUGUCGUGGCACAAAAGAAAGGUAAAUUAAGAUAUUUCAGUAUUGCUUUCCAGGUGAUACAGUUAACAGAAUGGGAGGUUCAGUUUAAUUAGGUCUAUUGCCAGUUCUCAAAAGGUGUGGGAUUAUUUGAUCAACUAAGUUAGAUAGUUAAUUGCAAGUAUGCUAUAAGUUUAAACUUGUAUUUUCGUUGCUUGAUAUUAGUGUAUGCUAUUUUUAUUUUUCAGUUUGUAAAAUUAAAAAAGAUUAUCUACGAACAUGUUUUGUGCAUAUUUUUCAGCAAGGACUUGCAUGCACAAACUCCUUACGGUCAUUUACAAAAGUAUAUGAAAAAUAAAUGAAUUUCCAAAGGUU